AUGAGUUCAGAAGAGUAUGAUGUAAUCGUUAUUGGAGCGGGAGUCGUAGGACCCGCAAUAGCUACAGCACUAGCGAGACAAGGUCGAAAAGUUUUAAUCGUAGAGAGAGACUGGUCGAAACCUGAGAGAAUCGUCGGGGAGCUUAUGCAGCCAGGAGGUGUCAAGGCCUUGCGAGAUUUAGGACUUGUUGAGGCAGUCAACAAUAUCGAUGCUAUCGACGUCACUGGAUACUAUAUCAAAUUUCAUGACGAGGUAAUAACGAUUCAAUAUCCUGAGAAAGCUGAAGCUCAGAAAACGAAUGCAUUAAAUCCAGUUCCAGGAUGCGUAUUCAAUUCAAAUGAUAUGAUAAAUGAUGACGAUACAAUAAAAAGAUCAGAUUGGGAAGCGGAUGACAGAGUGAGAGGUGUAGCUUUUCGUAAUGGUGAGUUUUUGCAGAAUUUGAGACGAAUAGUCAAAUCAGAGCCGAACGUUACAUGGAUUGAAGGUACGGCAACUGAAAUAAUAUACUCCAAAAAUGAUCUUAAUACAGUCUUAGGAAUAAAAGUCAAAAGUGAAAAGCAAACUCAAGAUUACUUUGCAAAAUUAACAAUUGCAUGUGACGGAAUAUACUCGAAAUUCAGAAAGGCAUUGUCUGUCGAUAAUACUCCUAGUGUCGGAUCUUAUUUCGUUGGAUUGAAACUAAUAAACUGUGACUUGCCAGCGAAGCACCAUGGCCAUGUAAUCUUAGGGGACCAUGCUCCGGUCUUGGUCUAUCAAAUCUCAAAGACAGAAACCAGAAUCUUAUGCGCAUACAGGUCAUCGAAACCACCGUCGCAGUCAAACAAUGAACUUCAAAAUUAUUUGAGUAAUCAAGUGUACCCAGCUUUACCAGCAGAGAUGAGGCCCUCUUUUAAGGCAGCCCUUGAGUUAGGUAAGUUUAAGUCUAUGCCGAAUCAAUACUUAGCUGCAAGGAAACAAGGAAAAAAAUUGCACGGUUUUAUUCUUUUAGGAGAUGCCCUCAAUAUGAGGCAUCCUUUGACUGGAGGCGGAAUGACAGUCGGCUUAAAUGAUGUCGCGAUUUUAGCUAGGCUUUUAAACCCAAAAUUUAUUCCCGAUCUCAAUAAUUAUGAAGUCAUGUCACAGAGGUUAUCACAAUUCCAAACUAAGCGUAAAAAUCUUGAUGCUGUUGUCAAUACCCUUUCAAUCGCUCUUUAUACCUUGUUUGCAGCAGAUAAAAGACCUCUAAAGAUUCUACAAAAAGGUUGUUUCAAAUAUUUCCAACGUGGUGGUGAUUGUGUUUCAGGACCUAUAGGUCUAUUAUCAGGUAUGCUCCCCUUCCCUUUGAUAUUGUUCAAUCACUUUUUCAGUGUUGCAUUUUAUGCUACAUAUUGCAACUUUUUAGAGAGAGGGAUUGUCGGCUUUCCCAUAGCACUUUAUGAAGCUAUUGAAACAAUAAUCGCUGCCAUUUUUGUAUUCACUCCAUAUUUAUGGAAAGAGCUAGUUUAA